ACUAUCUAAACAUCGGAAUAUUCUUGCCUGGUAAUCGUAAAGAAAUACUUGCCAGAUUUUUAUGAACAGGCUUGACUGGUUUGGUAACAAUCAAGGGUACACGUGAUAUAAUUCCCCACCCCCACUUCAUCUCCAAUGGUGGGGACCUGCUGCCUAACGGUUGCUGGGUGCAACAUUUUAUAAUGUUGACAAACUUGGGCGAAUAGCGACCAACGAGGACAGAAUGAGAAUCAAACAAGGCCCCGGACCGUUUCUGUUUCGCCACUGGGGAGGUUUAUCUCUUUUCAGCCAUAUAUGUGAUAGCCAACAAUAGGGCUACUGUUUACAUCACAGUAUCAGUCACUGACAUAAUAUUCACUACAUGAGAAAACCAGACGCAGACUUUGCAUUUCAACCUGCGAACAACCUUUGUUCAGACAAGGAAAUACUAUUUUGCAAAUCACCCAACAAACGAGCCUCGAAGCAAGACCUCGAGCGCGCUUUGAUAGACUUGAUAGCACCGCGCGUUCACCGCCCGUCGUCAAUCCACCACCGCCGUCGCCGCCGGAGGCCCGUGAUCAUGGUGCGCUCUCGCAGCCCGUCCUUCUCGGACGAUGACCUACACUUUGUUAGCUCUCAGAUGCUCACCGAGGCAGCAAAGUCUCCGCUGCAGCCCUCGCAAGGAAGCCGAGAUGUCAUCGAUAUUACGGGCAGCCCUGCGCCCGAGUUUGGCAGGACAACAAAUAUGAACUCCAAACCACAGUCAAAAGCGUUUUCCUCGCUCUACAAAAAGGAAAAGAAGCAGCCAAAUGUUUUUCUUCAGCCUCGGAAUCGCCCUGAGCACCACCGUGGCACCAAGAUGUCAGGGCCAAGUGCCCUCAAAUACAACGACAUCAAAGCACCUCCUCUGCCAUUGUACAAUUCUCUCCCCGCGCAGCGCGAUAGUACUACAGCUGGUUCAUCGGCAUAUACCCAAUCAGCAGCAUUCGACGACAAUGUUUUCUAUACAGACCCAAAAAAGGCCAAUGACGAUCUCAAGGCGUUGCUAGAGGGAGGCAUGGAUGAAGAGGAACAGGAAGAAAAUAAAGGAGAAGGAGGUGAAGAAGAGGAAAAGAUUGACGACGGGUCUCUUGAAGGCAUCACAGUCAAGCUACUGCCGCAUCAACAAGAAGGAGUGGAGUGGAUGAAGGGCCGCGAACUGGGACCUGUCAAGCGAGGCAAGGUACCCAAAGGAGGUAUCUUGGCAGACGACAUGGGUCUGGGAAAGACACUCCAGUCAAUAUCGCUCAUCGUCAGCAGCCCAAAGCCCAACAAAGACGAAAAGGGCUGGAAGAAACACUAUGAUGGCAUCGGCAAGGGCACCCUGGUAGUUGCACCUUUGGCCCUUAUUCGACAAUGGGAGGCUGAGAUUGCCGAAAAAGUCUUGCCGUCUCACAAGCUAAAUGUCUGUGUUCAUCACGGUCCCAGUCGGACGAAGAGGUAUACGGAUUUGCAAAAGUAUGAUGUGGUCAUCACGACAUACCAGAUCCUGGUUUCGGAGCAUGGCCAUUCGACUGAUGCUGUCGGUGCUGGGUGCUUCGGCAUCCACUGGUUCCGUGUCAUUCUCGACGAAGCACACAGCAUCAAAAAUCGCAACGCGAAAGCCACCAAGGCAUGCUGUGCUCUGCGCUCCGAGUUCAGGUGGUGCCUCACCGGUACUCCGAUGCAAAACAACCUCGACGAGCUUCAAAGUUUAGUCUCGUUUUUGCGCAUUGCUCCUUACGAUGACCUUAAGCACUGGCGUGAGUACAUCGACCAGCCCAUGAAGAACGGCAAAGGCCAUCUGGCCAUACGUCGACUUCACAGCCUGCUGCGUUGCUUCAUGAAGCGUCGCACCAAGGAAGUCCUUAAAGAGGAGGGCGCACUAAACCCUGGUGGCAAGAAAGCACUCGAGGCGGCGGCGAAGAAGGGCGAUGGCCAGAUUCCCCCUGCCCCAGCCUUCAAGGUAACUGAGCGGAAGGUCGUCACUGUUACUGCUGAGUUCUCGCCAGCAGAGCGCAAGUUCUACAACAGACUUGAGGAACGCGCAGAUGAGAGUCUGCAGAGGAUGAUGAAAGGCAAGGUCAACUACGCCAACGCCCUGGUACUUCUACUGCGUCUUCGCCAGGCAUGUAACCAUCCGAGGCUGGUCGGCAUCAAGAUGGAGAAGGAAAAAGAUGCACUAUCAAUGGACACAGCCCAGCCGAUGAAAUCAACGACUGAUGCCGACAUUGAUGCCCUUGCCGACAUGUUCGGCGGCAUGGGUGUCGAGUCUAAGCAAUGCGACGUUUGCAUGAGCAACCUCUCCACAGAUGAGGUCAGCGCUGGGAAAGUUGUGUGUGAGGCCUGUGACAAGGACCGGGCCGCAUUCAAUAACGAAGGGCCGGAACGUAGACGGUCCAAAAAGAUCAAGAAAAAGGUUGUCAAGGAAGAGGUUAAGGUCGAAGCCAAGUCCCGCAAAGCAAGGCACCGACCCGCUGUGCUAGAUAGCGAUGAUGAAGAAGACGAGGCUAGCUGGAUCGUCGGUGAGGAUCAACGAGGAUCGCUUCGUCUCGGUAAAGCCGGUGGUGAGGAAGAUGAGAAUUGUGAGGGUGGUGGUGAGUGGCUCAACACUGAGGACUCAAUCCAUCACUCCGAGGAUGAAGACGGGAGCCGCCUCGACAGCUUUAUUGUCGAAGACGAGAAGGAGGACCGCUCGCAGAUGCAAGACCCCGACUCGGAGGAAGACUCUAGUCUUGUGUCAGUCUCUAAGCUUGCCAGCAAGAAGGGCAGCCAACACGCGGAUUCCGAAUCCGGCUCCGGCUCUGGUUCAGAAACCGAUUCCGAUGUAGACUCUGGCGUGGACGAGUCCGAGUACGACUCUGCCGACGAUGCCUUUGCUCACGAGGAAAACGGCCGCGUUGUUCCAUCUGCCAAGAUUCGGCAGUUACUGGAAAUCUUACACAAAGAGGUCCAUGAGCACAAGUUCAUUGUGUUUUCGCAGUUCACGUCAAUGUUGGAUCUGGUCGCGCCAUUCUUUGACCGAGAAGGUUUCAAGUAUACGCGAUACGAAGGAAGCAUGAAGAACGACCUGCGUGAGGAAAGUCUUCAUUCCCUUCGCAACGAUCCAAAGACGCGCAUUUUACUGUGUAGUCUGAAGUGCGGCUCCCUGGGUCUGAACCUGACGGCAGCUACCAGGGUAGUCAUUUUGGAACCAUUCUGGAAUCCGUUUGUUGAAGAACAAGCAAUCGACAGAGUUCACCGUCUCACGCAGACAGUUGAUGUCAUUGUGUACAAGCUGACCGUCGGCAAGUCCGUCGAAGAGCGGAUCCUGGAGCUGCAGAACAAGAAACGCAUGCUCGCUGAACAGGCCAUUGAGGGUGGCAUGAAGAAGAAGGAUGCCCUAAAGCUUGGUCUCCAGGAGAUGUUGGCGUUGUUCACCCGCGACAGGAGUAGCGACAUUGGCUCAGUGGCUGAUGCAGGCGGUCAGGAAUCAAUUGGAUCAUCGACUGGCUCGAGGAAGCCAGUCCGCCCUCCUGUCCCUGCUGUUUUCGAGAGGCGUUGGUGAUGAACUGGUUUAUACUGUUAUGAACAACACGCAAGAGGAGUAUGAUGGGAUCACUAUUGGGCGUUUGGGAAGGAUUUGAUUCAAGUAUAUAUUUGGCCGAUUCUGUUCAAGGAUCUAUAUGUUCAGGCUCAUGAUUUCUGAACCCAGUUUAGACACCGGCCAAGCCUAAGCAACAAGAAGCCUUGUGCUGGCUAACAUGACUGAAUUGUAUUCAUAUUUUGAAUGCACAGGCUAGACAUUAAAGGUGACAGGGCACUCCGCAAAAUCUUGACCGAUUCGACCUCUAGAGUUACCGCCUCAAAAUUGGUCAAGCGGAGCAGGCGGGGCCCGGGUCAAGCGGAUGCAACGGUGUACCGCAGUUUUUGGAUUACCGUGUAGAUAUGUGGAGAGAGGCAUGCAAGCAAGACAUUCGGUAGCACGCCGCUACAGGAAGCGGGUAACCACCCGGACAAGAGCAGUUUGCAUCGGUCGCUUGGUGGCUUUUUCGACUCAUAGUAAAAAGUAAUAUCAACCUUAGCCUAGUUUGUCUGGUUUAGAGUGAGGUGCUGCAAGAUGCAACCUCGUCAGAAUCUUGGCGAAUUGAAUGAGUCAAUCAAUCGACAGCACCCCAUUUCGUGGCAGUGAUUGGCAUCGCAAGUGCCGGACUCAUGGGGCUAGGGAAAGAUACGUUCAAGACUAC